AUGAAUACUGCCUUUGGAGGAAAAUCAGAAUUAUCAGGAUGUGUUGCUGCUUCAAUUAGGUCCUCUUGUCAGAAUUUAUUCAUGUCUCAAGCAUACAAAUGGAGACCCAAGAUUGAUUGCUUUCCAAAGAGAUUUCCACCAUUGUCAGUUUCCUCUAGAGAAACCGGAGCUAGAUAUUUUUUGAAGCGUGACCUGAUAGUAUCAAUGUCAAGAAGCAAUCGGGGUGAAAGUCUUACGUAUAAGGAUGCUGGUGUUGAUAUAGAUGCUGGAUCAGAGCUUGUGAGGAGAAUUGCUAAGAUGGCACCUGGUAUUGGAGGUUUUGGAGGGCUUUUCCCACUUGGAACGGGGGAUUCCUAUCUUGUGGCUGGUACAGAUGGUGUGGGAACUAAACUUAAGCUUGCCUUUGAAACUGGAAUUCAUGAUACUAUUGGUAUUGAUUUGGUCGCAAUGAGUGUCAAUGAUAUUGUUACAUCUGGAGCAAAGCCCUUAUUUUUCCUUGAUUACUUUGCUACAAGCCACCUUGAUGUUGACCAUGCUGAAAAGGUUAUAAAAGGAAUUGUUGAUGGCUGCCAAGAAUCCAACUGCGUUCUUUUUGGCGGAGAGGUUGCGGAGAUGCCUGAUUUCUAUGCUGAUGGCGAAUAUGAUCUUAGUGGUUUUGCGGUUGGCAUUGUAAAAAAGGAUUCAGUUAUUGAUGGGAAAAACAUUAGGGUUGAGGAUGUCCUACUUGGUGUGCCAUCAAGUGGAGUUCAUUCCAAUGGUUUCGCUCUUGUUAGGAGGGUUCUAGCUAAAAGUGGCCUUUCCCUGAAGGACCAACUUCCUGGUGAAAUGGUUACAUUAGGUGAAGCUCUGAUGGCGCCAACUGUUAUAUAUGUUAAGCAGGUUCUGGACCUAAUUAGCAAGGGAGGUGUGAAAGGGAUAUCCCAUAUCACAGGUGGUGGUUUCACUGAUACUAUCCCUAGGGUGUUUCCACAAGGCCUUGGAGCUGUCAUUUAUAAAGACUCUUGGGUAAUACCUCCCGUGUUUAAAUGGAUACAAGAGAUGGGAAGAAUUGAGGAUUCUGAAAUGAGGCGGACCUUCAAUAUGGGUAUUGGGAUGGUUCUUGUUGUUAGCCAGGAGACUGCUCUUACAUUACUUGGGGAUGGACGUGGGACAAACAUAGCAUACCGAAUAGGGGAGGUUGUAGCUGGGGAGGGAGUGAGCUUUCGCUGAAAUGCUUUUAUGUUUUAUGAUGGGUGAUUUUAAAACAUAUAUUUUUUUUUUUUUUUUGCCCUUUUCAUUUUACAGUUUUUUAGAAACAAAGUUUUAAAAAAAUAUUUUCAGAUAAUUAUUUUUAAUAGUUAUCACGAAUUCUUAAAUUUUUUUUUUUUUUCUUAAAACGCUGGUGUACAAUGUCUUUUUAUUUUUUUAAUUCACUCUUAAUUAAGAAAUUAUUAUUUUAUUAUUAUUAUUAUUUCUUUUUUUUUUUGGUGCUUCAGGUUUCUUUCCCUUUCCUUUUCGUUUGGUAAUCAACUAUAUAUUUUUUUUAGUUUGGUAAGGCUUGGACUAAUGACUAAGUUAUAUGUUACAUAUAAAUAUAAAGUCAAAAAAUGAAAUUGGGCCAAACAAGAAACAUGUGUCUUUCCUUUUUGGGUUAAAUGACCGAUUUCCAUCAUAAAUGAAAUAUAUAUAUAUUAGAAAAAGUUAUCUCACGAGUCACGAAUAUUUGUUCCACCUCUUCGUUACUAAAGGUUAGUUUUACUAAAUCCAAGCUUAUUGAUAACAGAGGGAAUAUUUUGAGAGGCUCUAGGCUCUUUAAGUUUCACGCUCUAUAUAUAUAU